AGGCAUAGGGGGGAGGUCUAUUGUAUCCCGCUCACCCCAGGCCCAUGUGUUUACCCUGGGCCCCAGCCAUCUCAUGUCAAAGUCCCAGACCCAGUCAGCAGAAUGAAUUCUGUAUAUUUCUGUGGACCAAGAAACGGCCAGGGGCCUUUUCAAUUGCAACGCGUCAACUCGUUAAUUCACGAGGCUCACCAGCAGAUGGCGCAGCAGUAUCAGCUUCACACUGCGGCCAGUCCGGCGUCUAUGCAGACUUUCACUGUGGCGGAGCGCCUGGCAGAACUCAUCCUUGAGGCACGCUAUGGGAACCAGCAAAAGCAGCGUCGCAGUCGCACCGCCUUCAGUGUGUCCCAGUUACAAGCGCUCGAAAAGGCCUUUCAGCAAACCCAGUAUCCAGAUGUGGGCAUGAGAGAGAGACUAGCAGUCUGCAUCAACCUCCCGGAGGCCCGUAUCCAGGCAUUCAGAGAAAGACGGACUAUACCGCUCAAACCUGUUAAUGCUGGUUUUGUCUGA